GCGCUGUGCGCGCCGUGCCGUCUCCAUAGCGAGGCGGCGGCCCCGCGCCAUGGCGGCGGUGUUGAGCGGCGCGGGCGGGGCCGUGUAUCGGUCCCGUGACCCCGUGAGCAACCUGCGCCUCCGGGUCCGCCUCUGGCGGGGCACCUCGUCCGGGCCCUUCCUGCCGCAGGCCCCGCCGCCGCUCGCCAGCCCCGUGCUCCCGGGCCUGGCCGACCGCGCCGGGACCGGUGCCCGGCGGCCCCCGGAGGAGGAGGAGGAGGAGGAGGAGGCCGAGGUGGGGUGGCAGGAGAAGCUCUUCAGCCAGUUUGAGGUGGAUCUGUACCAGAAUGAGUCUGCCUGCCAGACACCCCUGGACCGGCAGUACUGGGAGGAGAUCCGCAAACUGGAGAGGGCUGGAGGCCGGAAAAACUGUCGCAUCUUCACCUACACGGAUCACGACCGGUUCACCAACCUGGAGGAGUACUUCCAGAAGGUAACUGACUCAGAACAUGAGGUGCCAUCUUAUCUGGCAGAGAGGAUGGCCAAUGUGAGGAGGAGGAGACAAGACUGCAGGCCAAUAGAAGCAGGUUCUCUGAAGUCAAAAAUCAUCACCUGGAAACCCUCAGAUGAAUUUAUAAGGAGUAGUCAUGUGAUUAACACUCCUGUCCAGACCAUGUACAUCAUGGGGGACUUGGGACCUUAUGGGAAGCUUGGUCGCAGGGAGUGUGAACAUAUUCUUUGCACAAUCAAGGUGGACGACAAUGGAGUGAUCACAGUGAAGCCGGACUUUACUGGCACCAAAGGAGCCUACCAGAUUGAAGUGGAUGGAGAGAAGCAUGAGGUGUGGAAAUACACCAUUGAGAAUGCAUCUGUCCAAAUGCAGCCAGAGGAUGAGGAACGUGAGCAGCGUGUGUUCAGAGACCUGUAUGGCCAGUACAAGGAAUACCUCAGUGGUCUUGUAGGUUCAGAGUUUGAAAUGACCCUUCCUGGUACACUGCGGCUGUUUGUGAAUGGAGAAAUAGUUUCAGCUCAAGGCUAUGAGUAUGACAACCUCUACAUCUAUUUCUUCGUGGAGCUGCCAAAUCAGUGGUCGAGCCCAGCGUCUCAGCAGCUAUCAGGAGUGACGCAGACCUGUGCCACCAAGGCAUUGGGCUGGGAGAACGUGGCAUACUUCAGCUACCCCUUCACUUUGGAGAUGUUUUUCACUGAAGGAGCUGAAUCAGAAGAGAGUCUCCCUCAGUGGCCUGUUCUCUACUUUGAGGUCCUGUCCCUGGAUUUCUGGCAGAGAUACCGUGUGGAAGGGUAUGGUUCUUUGGUGCUGCCAGCAUCUCCAGGUGUCCAUAACUUCACCAUCCCUACCUGGCGCCCUGUGGAGCUGGGAACAGUUGCUGAGCUGAGGAGAUUUUUCAUUGGAGGAUCUCCUGAGCUGGAGGACAUAACCUACGUCAGGACACCAUCAACCUUUGAGGGAGAGCGUCUGAGCCGCUUUGGUUUUCGCACAGAGACAACCGGGAGCGUCACAUUCCGGCUGUACUGCCUGCAGCAGUCUAAGGCCUUUCUGGAAACCAGUGGCAAGAGGCAGCGCAUGCAGAGUGUUCUGGACCAACUUGGAGGCUUCAGACAGCAGAGCUCUGUCUACAGUGUUUUGGAGGCUUUCCAGAGAGCACGACGCCGGAUGCAGGAAGCACGCGAGAGCCUUUCUCAGGACCUCAUCAGCACCUCUGCCUCCACUGUGCACCAGUCGCAGGAACCUUGAUCGACCACCUCUGCUGCAGGCGAGUGUUUAACAUCGCUCCCACACAAGCUCCAUUUGUUCAGCAGGAGUCACAGUGCUGGUGUUGGGAAGCUUCUGAAGCCCUUCUUUUGUCAUUUUCCCUGGGUGAGGGUAGGAGCCUGUAGCAGAUCCCGAAUAGCUGCACUUCCACAGGUAGCUAUGGAAUGAGCUCCAUUUUCUCAAUGCAUUUUGUUCCCAGGCUCUAACGAUACAGCCAAUUGUUCACUUUUCUGCUGAGCAGACUAAAAUAAUAACAUAGGACCUGUGGAGCCUUGAAUGCCUUUUCAGGAGUUAAGUAGUAAAUGGUGAGAAUCAAGUCUGCAUGAUGUGGUGUGUUUAUUUUUCUUCUUCAAGAAGAGGAGGUGUUGAAGGUCAGGGUGUAAAUGCUGCUUGAGAGUUAUUGAAAUGAGUAGAGAACUUCAGAAGUUCUGAUAAUUGUUGUCAGUAUUUGUAGCUAUAGGUCAGUCAACAGUAAAAUGAAUCUGUCCA